AUAUCAGUGGGCUCCCUCUUCUACUGAAUACAAGAUACAAUUUAAUGACGACACCGCCAGCAAACGCGGUAACAGCUGCAGGUUGAUAAAGAUAAGGAAAUAACACGCUCAACCAGCAGUUAUAGAGAACUGUUCUACGCCACAAUGAACAACAACAACAUAUUAAUGGAAACCGAUGCAGGGACGAGCACUGAAACGCUGCGUUUCAACGUUGGCGGUAGGAUGCACGAGGCCAGUUGGAGCAUAUUUAGAGGCAAGAAGGGAUCGGUUCUGCCCAAAAUGGAAGAACUCAAACGCUACUAUCGACCAGAAAAAGAUGAUUACUAUUUUGACCGCCAUCCUGGUUUGUUUGUGUCGAUUCUGAACUACUAUCGCACAGGGGAACUCCAUCUUCCUCUGGAAUACUGUGCUCCCAUUGUGAAAAUAGAGCUAGAUUUUUGGGGAAUAAGCGACGACGAGAUAGCAGACUGCUGUUGGGCAAACUACUCCGAGUACAGAGAGAAAAAAGACGCCCUACUUAAAUUUGACUCUUUUUUGUCUAAAGAGGUAGUUGAAAUUGACAGUCUUAGUUCUAAGUGGGAGAGGACGAGAAAGAUCAUCUGGAGAGGCCUAGAAAACCCUACCUCAUCUGUGUAUUCGAAGGUGUACACUUUCACGUCGCUUUUCUUUGUGAUACUGUCCAUUGUGACCUUUAUUUUGCACCAAAACCCUGCCCUGGAGGUGUAUCCCAAUGACCCACUUUGGGCAGAGGAAUUGCUCCUGUUCGGAGUUGACAACGAGACUUUCCAUAAGCUCAGGGGGGACUACUGGCGCAUGGUGAACGAGACUUCCAUCGAAGAAGCCAAUCAUGCAUUUGCUCUCCAGCACCCUAGCGUCAAGGUGAUCAAUUUCGUAUGUGCAGCUUUUUUCACAUUGGAACUGAUCGUGCGAUUCAUAUUCUGUCCUGAGAAAUGCCGAUUUUUCAUGCAUCCGCUUAACAUUAUAGACAUUUUGGCCGUGUUACCUUUCUUUUUGGAAUUUGGGUUUUAUAUUGUUAACCCCACUGCAACAAUGUUUGAAAAUUCGGUUUUUGAGUUUGUCCAUAUUCUACAAAUUGCCCGUAUUUUUCGUGUGUUUCGCCUCGCAAAAUCGUACACAGGAAUGAAAGUGAUCCUCUACUCCCUGAAGCAGAGCGUCCCAGAGGUUGCCCUCACGGUGGUUAUCCUGUUGAUUACUAUGCUAGUGUUUUCUUCGCUCAUGUACUAUGCUGACCACAUCGAUAACCCUGACAGCAAGUUUCCAGACAUACCGUCAACGUUAUGGUGGGCCAUUAUCACCCUGACCACAGUAGGAUACGGAGAUACCUACCCCUCCUCUCCACCCGGGUACAUCGUGGGCUCGGUGACGGCGUUCUUUGGGGUGCUGCUAUUGGCUUUGACUAUCCCUAUUAUCGUCAGUAAUUUCAUGCUUUAUUACUCUUAUUCAAAGAUCAGGCCAAGAAAAAAGUCAAAAUUCAAGGAAACAAAUGACUUGGUGUUUGAGAGAAUUGAUCCAAACGAACCAAAGAUUUUGUCUGUAAGCUUAAACGGAGACGCACGGCCAGUCUCUGGCAUAAAUGCAGAAAAUGAACAACGAAUGUAAAAUUGCACAAUUUUGUUCUUUUACUGUGCGAAGCGACAUCUUGCCAUACAAUAUGGAUAAAACAAAGUGAUGUUGCACACGUAAAUGCAUUAAUAUUCUACUAGGUUCCAAAGGCUUCAAAAUUACCAGAGCGAACUUCAUAUUUACUCUUUGACCCCCUGAGCGUCGUCGU